AUGCCUAAUUCCGAAUACUUCACUUUGUAUUGGCAUGAUUAUAGAGUUGAUGUUAGAGGUGAACCUAAGCUAUGGGAUAUAGGAGCUGUAGAUUUUUAUAGUUUAGAUAAGAUAUCCAGGAUAGAAAUUAAUUCAAUGGCUAGAGAGCUAGGUCUGAAUCCUGAACCAAUGCUGAUUAUGUGGAAGGAUCCUACAAAGAGUAUAAGUGAUAGGUUGAGAAGCCUUGAAACUGAUAAGGAUGCUUUAGAAAUGGCAAUGGUUGUGGAGGGUUCUCAAUUAAUGCAUAUAUUUAGUAGGGAUAAGUGGAAAAUAAAAGAAAAAGCUAAGGAAGAAGUUUCGGGAGGUGUGAAAAAUAAGGAUGAUGGCAGCUGUAAGGAUAGUGAUGUAGAUUCAGAGGACAGUGAGUUUGUGGACUCUGAUUAUGACCUGAGGGAUGAAGAUGUUGAUGAUGAUGCCAUGUUUGAUGAGUUUGUUGAUAAGGAGCUUGAGAUGGACAGACCAUCUGGUUGUACAAGUGCUAGGCAACCUGCUGAGGAGUUGUCUGAAGAAAUAUAUACAACAGUUUAUGGUCCAUCAUAUGAGCUGGUGUCAUGCUCCUCAUCUGAACACAACGAUGCAGAAUUAAGGAAGCAGAGAUGGCAUGUGUUUAAUGAGGAGACUGACAUGGAAAAUCCCUGGGUCAAGAUUGGAAUGCUCUUCAGUUCUUUCAAACAAUUCAAGGAUGCUGUGAAGAGCUCAUCAAUCAAAAGCAGAAACCAGGUUAUAUUUGGGCCAAAUACAAGGCAGAAAUGCAAGGCGUCUGAUAGGCAUGUUAAUGCCAAUUGGAUAGCUGAACAAUAUGUUGAAAGGUUCAGAGCUGAUCCCGGUUGGGCAAUUCAAGGGAUCAUACAAGCUGUAAAAGAAGAUUCUGGCAUUGAAGUGUCCAGAUUGAAAGCAUGGAGAGCAAGAAAUGCUGCUUUGACAUUUAACAAUGGUGAUGAGACAGAACAACUUUCUAGCCUUCAUGAUUACAAGCUAGAACUCUUGAGAAGUAAUCCAGGAAGCACAAUAGUUUUUGGUUUGAAUGAAGGUGUUUUUAACAGCAUGUAUGUGUGCUUUGCUGCAUUGAGGGAAGGAUUUAAGUUUUGUAGGCCUUUCAUAUCUUUGGAUGGCUGUUGGCUGAAAGGAGUAUUUGGAGGACAGUUUCUCACAGCUGUUGGUUUAGAUGCAAAUGACUGCAUCUACCCAAUUGCAUGGUGUGUUGUGCAAAAAGAAAACAAGGAGAACUGGAAAUGGUUUUUGGAGCUGCUGGCUCAAGAUGUGGGGAUAACAAACAGUUAUCAAUGGGUGUUUAUGACUGACAGGCAGAAGGGUCUUAUUCCUGCCAUUGAAGAACUAUUCCCUAAUUCUGAACAUAGAUUUUGUGUUAGACAUGUGCAUAAUAAUUUUAGGAAGAAAUUUAAUAGUCUAAGGUUAAAAAAACUUGUUUGGGGUGCUGCUAAGGCAAGUUAUGUCCAGAUUUUUCAAAGGAUAAUGGAGAAGUUUGCAGCAGCAUCACAUCAUGGACAUAAUUACAUGAAUAGCAUCCCUCCUCAUCACUGGUCUAGAUCUCAUUUUAGGACUGAUGCUAAGUGUGACAUGUUGUUAAACAACUUAUGUGAGUGUUUUAACAGUUUUAUCUUAGAUGCUAGAAGCAAGGGUGUGAUAGCUAUGAAUGAGGUUAUAAGAACAAAAUUAAUGAAGAGGAUACAUAAGAACAGGGAUGCUAUGAAAAGAGUGGCAUCUGCUUACUGCCCUAGGAUAUUGAAAAAACUAGAAAAGAAUAAAGAAUUUUGCUGGAUGUUUACAACAGAGUGGUCUGGAGGUGAGAGAUUUCAAGUGGUUGGCCCAGGGGGAUAGUUUGUAGUUGACAAAUAAAAAAUAACAUGCACAUGUAGGAGGUGGAAUCUAACUGGAAUACCUUGUUGUCAUGUUGUAUGUGCAAUUUGGUAUAACAAUGAGAACCCUGAAUUUUAUAUACAUGACUUCUACAAGGUUGAAACAUACCUAAAAUGCUAUAGCCAUUUGAUUAACCCAACCACCAGUAAAGAAUUUUGGCCCAAGGCAACUGCCCCACCAGUCUUACCCCCCAAACCAAUAAAACAUAGAAAAGGCAGACCUGCUAGAAAGAGAAGGUUAGAGGAAGAAAGGAUGGAGGGUCUGAUCAUAAAUACUAAGGUCACCAAGAAGGGCUUUAUGAUGACAUGCACAGUUUGUGGUGCUAAGGGCCACAACAAGAGGUUUCAUGGUACUAGUGCUUCUAUAAGGAGGGAAAAACUGCAUGUGAAGAGGAAGAUAAAAAAAUAGCAAAAGGAAAAGGAAUCAAAUGCUGCAACUACUGCUGCACAGAAUAUAGAUGACCAACCUGAUAAUGUAGCUCCUACAGACACAGCUCCUUUAGGGACAUCUUCAACAUUUGAUAAUUUGUCACCGUUAAUACCAUUGUCACGGUUAUUCAAUGUAACACCAUCAGCAAAAGAAUCAGAAAAACCUCCAGUUCAGUCUACUACAUCACCUUCAAAACCUACCAGCAAGAAGAGUAAAAGCAUUAAUGAUUUGUUGAGUGAGCUGCCACCAGAUCUGGCCAUUGGAAGACUUUCAGAAACACAGAAAGGAGGGACUGAAGCUAAGGGAAAAAAGACUUUCAAACCCCCAGGGUUGUUGAGCAAAGAUCUUAUGGAUGAAGGAGUUACCACAAGAACAAAAUAAGACAAAGAAAAACAGAAGAUUGAUGAAAGUGUUUCAACAAAGAAGAGAGCUUGGGUGCCUCCAGGAAAUGCAAAGAACAAAGAAAUUACAAUUGGAAACCUUAAAAAAUAAAAUUUAUUUUGGUUGUUGUGUUGUUAAUAUGUUAAAAUAUGUAUGGACCUAACAUGUGGUCCUUUGACAGAAUUUCAAUUUUUGUAAUGGCUUUUGACAGCCUUGGGUGUAAGGUUCAUGUGGACAGAAUUUUCACAUCCAUUCACUUUUUGUUUAAACAUUUCAUUAUUUAAAGUAAUCAACAGAGUACA